UCAAAUUCUCGUAAAAAAUAAUAAUGUCAGAAGAAAAUAUUAAACAGGACAGCGAACCAGAAGCUGCCGAAAUUUUGCCUGAGAAAAAGGAAAUCGAUCCGUUUAGAAAAAAAAAAUGGACAUGCGAGGGCCAACCUCUUUGGAGAAUUUACUUAAAUUCUUAUAUCGAGAAGGAGAAAAAACUAGAGCGGGAAGAUAAAUUUGGCAGACGUAGAAGAGCAAAACUACCUCGGGAUUUAGAAUCCGGCAAAGAGAUGUAUCCGUACGAGUGUUACCCGCUCAAUAUUUUAAAUCUGAGUAGACGGGCGCAGCUGCCGAGCCUCAGGACUACCGAUGAGAAAAUUCGUAUCUGGCGUAAUAUGAAAGCCGAUCCUCAAGUCGACAUGGCCAGUUUCACGCCAGUAAUCCCGGAAGUAAAAAUAACAGGGAAUGGAGAGUGGCCCACCCGCUGGCCAUGUCUUCAGUAUCAUGACCAAGUUAUUGAAGACGGAGAAGGGGGAUAUGUUGACUUAAAUGAUGUUGACAUUGAUGAUUAUGUUACUUGCAAAGAGCUUGGGCAUGCACGAGUCCCGCUAACGAGUGUUAGCUUUAAAAAAACUCAGAUUGUUGAUCAAUCGACUGGAGAACGUCCAGGUUUAGUGGACGGCGAUUACAUAACGUGUGAAUUUAAGUCCGAGGGUGAUGAUCAUAAGCGCGUGUAUACUCAGGUCUGUUUGAGAGGGACCAAGGGGAUGCAUCUGAUUGAAUUAACGAGGGUACGCACGAAGACCUGGAAGUUUUGCUUUUAUCAAGCCCUUGUUGCGUUGCUGGUUAAAACUCAGCUGAGAUAUAAGUUUGCUACCAGCAGUAACGUUGAUUACAUUUACGAGCAUGCAUGGAUGCUAUUUAUUCAUGUAGGAAGUCUCAGUAUCAAUCGUCGGCUUCGUUUAGAUGACGUGGUAGUUCAUAAUUACAAGUACAGCGUGGAACUGGAACUGGUACAGGAGUUGAAAGAUUUCCCGAUGAUUACCGAGGACGUGGGUUUCAGAUUUUUGGAGCCAUCUGCGAAAUUACGGGCAUUGAAAAGGCCGGAGUUGAUGAAAAUGACCGCGGAAAUUGGGUGGAAAAAAGCAAAAGAACCUUCAGCUGACGAGCCGGUUCAUGAGUGCUGCAGAGAUAUCGAGAAGUGGUUUGAUCAGCUAUCGGGCAGUUGUAAAAAUUGUGUGUUUAGGACCAGCAGAUUUUCGGUGGCUUUUUGGAACGAUGGUAAUUUUUGGUAUCUUUACAAUCCUUAUCGCUGUGACCGGUUCGGGUUUUGGGAUGACAGUGGCGGCGCCUGUAUUGUCAAGUUUUGUACGAGGGUUACGUUGAAAAGGCAUUUGAUGAUUUUGUUAAUUAGGGCGUAUGCUUAUAAAGGGGGUGGUGUGGGAAAAAUUAGCAGAGAUGAGGGUUAUGAUUCGGUUGAGGUUAAAAGUGAGGUAGGAAAUGUGGAAAAUGAGUUAGAAAUUAGAGGGGGUUUUAAUAAUUUAGAUGAGGAAGAAAAAGAGUUAGGGGUCGAGGAAAAUAAUUCAAAAGAGGAAGAAGAAAAUUUAGGAGAUAAAGAAAAUAAUUUAGGAGAUGAAGAUAAAAAUUUGGAAGAUGAUGAAAAAAAUUUAGGAGAUGAAGAUAAAAAUUUGGAAGAUGAUGAUAAAAAUUUAGGAAAUAAAGAUACAAAUUUAGAAGAUGAAGAAAAAAAAUUAAGAGAUGAAGAUAAAAAUUUGGAAGGUGAUGAUAAAAAUUUAGGAGAUGAAAAUAAAAAUUUGGAAGAUGAUGACAAAAAUUUAGAAAAUAAAGAUACAAAUUUAGAAGAUGAAGAAAAAGAAGUAGGAGAUGAAGAUAAAAAUUUAGAAGAAGAAGAAAAAACUUUAGAAGAUGAAGAUAAUAAUUUAGAAAAGGAAGAAGAAAAUUCAGAAGAUAAAGAAAUAAAUUUAAAAAAUGAAGAAAGUAAUUUGGAAAAUACUGAAAUAGUAAAUGAUUCAAAAGAUGAAGAGAAAAUUUUAGAAAAUGUAGAAAAUAUAGAAGAUAAAGAAAAAAAUUCAAAAGAAAAUACAAUAACAAUUCAAAUAUUUGAAUUAAUUUAUCACUGUGCCAAAAUUAAUAAUCUUAAACUCCUUAAGAAAAAACCACCAAAACCAAAAACUAGAACAAUAACCAAAGAAAUAGAUGAAUGUGACUUAAACCUAAAUAAAUUAAGUAAUGAACUGGAUACCGACAAUGAACUAAUAGAAAAAUCGAGUUGGCUAAGGAAAUAUCGAAUAACCUGGUCGAAAUUUUCAGCAUCGACCGAAAAAAAAUCCCGGUGGCACGAAUAUUAUAUAGAAGAGCCUCGGAAACUCUUCAGUCUCUGGGGUGAAAUCCAUCCGACGGGUAAUAUAUUCGCGGAAGAAAAUCGUGGGAAGCAGAUUCAUGCGUGUUAUCUCGUCUGCGCGGGGAUGUCACGAAUAAUGGCGCCGGAAUAUUGGAGUUCCAAGACACUGGAUACAGUAGUAAUGUGCGGUGAUCGAUAUUACACAUGCAGCAGACUUCAAAGUGACGCUGCAUUGGGAAAUUCCAUUGUCAAUGAUAACAAUAAUAAUAAUAAUGACGACAGAGCACACGAGUUGUCGUGGGACAGACAGUUAGCGAAGCAUUUUAAAAUUGCUGAUAUGCUCUUUGAAGUAGACGUACUGCCGGCAAUUUACGGAAGACUCUAUACAAGAAAUUCUUUAUGGAAAAUUCUUGAGCAGAUGUUCCUCAAGUACUCCCACGGUGUAUUGACUUGUGAAGAUUCCUGUCUAGGUAUUUUUAAAUUCUGCGGUUCUUAUUACAUCCUAGAUGCAAAUUCGAUCGGUCCACCGAUUUUCAAUUACGGCGACGGCGUAGUUUAUCUGCUUCGCGCCACCAGUUUUUCAAAAUUUAUGACUGCAUUGAUUCUGACCGUCAAUUCCCUCGAGUGCAGCCAAUUCGUCGUUAAUCCAAUCGACAUUUUGAAAAUAAUCGACACCGAAUCUCUCGGAGGGGUAAAGGGCAAUAGAAAAUUUAAUAAAAAUAAAUGUAAGAAUAAAAAAAAAUAUAAAAUGUAAUAAACUACUGAAUGUAAGCGACCGUUAUUUGAUUCGUGAUGUAAUAGAGUAAGGAAACUGGAUUCUAUUACAUGCAAAUGGCUGCAUUUCAAUCUCCGAAACCGCAUGCAGAAAAUAAUGUACCCAGAAAGGAAACCUUAUUUCAUAUCUGGGGUAAGAAAAAAUGCCCGAGUACACAAACAAUAAUAAUAAUUCAGUAGUUAAAUAGAGCGGUCUAGUAUUUUGUUAAUAAAUUUAUUAAUGUAGUUGAGGACAAAAUGUACCAACAAUUAAUCUUAGCAACUAGAGAAAGUUGGUGUAGUUUAUAAAAAAUCUCAUGACGGAAAAUAAAUACUGGCGAGUUUUAGACGUUGGUACAUGAAGCCAGAACAAAGAGAAAAAGCGCCAGUGAAUUAAUUAAGAAUUGAAGCCACUCAAACAACCCGGUAAUUUAAAAUUAGACUACCAUUCUCUCUAUUUUAUUUAAAUUAACUCGAAAAAAAAGGAAAUAAAAAAAAAUUGCUACUUAAACUUAUAAUACACACUUUUAAAAAUUUAUCAUUCAAAAAUAAAUAUAGAGAAUUUAAAUAGAGCAAGUCAGCGGUCUUAUAUAGAUAUAUAUUCUUGUUUCCGUUCCCGGGCAUUGUUAUUGUUAUUGCUAAUGUAUGAGCAGGGUGUCAAAGUUUGUUACAACAGCAAACUUGAGGACAAUGGAUGUUGAAUAGCUCAGAAUAGAGGAUAGUGAUUCUCAGAGAGAAGUCAGGUCUUUGGUCACCUGAAUAAUUGAACCCGUUGGAUUUGUUUGGCCAAGAAUGAGUCAACAUAAUAAAGUUUAGGGGCCACUUAAGUCGAGCGUCUUUAAGACUCAGCGUGGUAUCAAACCCGCUCUCGUUGUCGUUGCUGGUGUUGGUGAAACUACCGGUGGUUGUCGACGAGGGACCAUUAAACUUGCACCGGGAAUCGUCUUAUAGUUUAUUCCAGAGCAAGUUCGCCCCGGGGAGUGUGUACUCACUCCGAAACAAAGUUAACUUAACGGUGCGCCGAACUUGUAGUCUAUUCUUCGUCAUCGGUCUCCAGUCUGUUAUAGAGCUAAUUGUUAACUCGGGGUACACUUCCGCUGGUAAACUAUCAAAUAAAUUUUCAUCCCUGCCAUCUAAGUCAGCACUAGGAUUUGAAUACGUCAGUUAUUUUAUAUAAAAUUAAUGUACCUGAAGAUGUGAACGUUUUUGCAAAAAAUUUAUGAAAUUUGACUGCUUGGGUGGUUACGUAACAAAUGAUCCGAGGAAAAUUGAUCCGCGACAAUUGAUCCUUGCGACAAUUAAUCCGUCGAUAAAAUGCGUGUAACAUAAAAAAUAUACUCACACACAAAUUAGUGAAAAAAGGGCGUAAUUUUUCAUAUUUCACGCAUUUUAUCGACGGAUCAAUCGUCGCAAGGAUCAAUUGUCGCGGAUCAAUUGUCCUCGGAUCAUCGGUCGUGUCACCGCUUGGGUAGUUUUGGAGUCAAGGGUUGGCUUAAGAUUUUCGGCUGACAUAUUAGCAUCUACAUGCGAAACAUUUUAGAAAUCUAGUCAUUCAGUAGAUUUUUUACUUUCAAAAUUUUUUUUG